AUGGACGUUUUCUCUCCCCCUCUCCAUUUUGGGAAAAGCGUCUCUCCGCACACUCAAAGGUUCCGCCAUUUGGGGCGUGGUCGGGCCGCUGCCAUCUUGAGUGUGGCUGAGGAAAUUUGCGCGCCAACUGUUUCUGCCAGAUGUGGCGAAUAACACUGCUAUGAAGCGUUACAAAUACUUCUUCAAGACCCUGCUUUCAGUUCUUCGGGGGUACGUACACAGGAGUAGAAAUGCUGGCUCCUCUGAAAACCCUUCCCAGAGCCUCUCCCCAGUCAUGGACAGCCCCAGUCUUCGAGAGCUCCAACAGCCUCUGCUGGCAGGUGUGGGCUGUGGGCCCCCCGUCCAGAAGCCUGGUGAGCCCCAGCUGGGGCCUCCCUUUGGAGAGACAGCCUUUGCAGAGUCCCUGAGGGGUUGGCAGCUCCUCCCACCACCUCUUCCCACUGUGAGCGCUGGCCUUGGGGAACCAGGGCCCCCUGACCUUGAGGAUGCAUCAUCCAGUGACAGCGACUCGGACUGGGAUGGGGGCAGCCUUCUCUCCCCGCUCCUACCCCACGACCACCUUGGCUUGGCCGUCUUCUCCAUGCUCUGCUGUUUCUGGCCUGUGGGCAUCGCUGCCUUCUGCCUGGCCCAGAAGACCAACAAGGCUUGGGCCAAGGGGGACGUCCAGGGGGCAGGGGCUGCCUCCCGCCGCGCCUUCCUGCUGGGGGUCCUCGCCGUCGGGCUGGGCGUGUGCACAUAUGCGGCCGCCCUGGUGACCCUGGCCGCCUACCUGGCCUCCCGAGAGCCGCCCUAGUUGCCCGCGCGGCCCUCACUGUGAAUCAGGGGCCGGCACCGGGCGCGUCGGCGGGCAACGUGGAGAAUCCGGGUGGAUGAGGCGGCGGCGGCAGCGGCCACCGCCUCCUUCCUGGCCGCCGCAACGAGAUUAAACUCCAGACACUCUCGCAGCCAAA